AUGGGUGACAAAGGGAAACCAGCUGCACAUAUCGACUACUUACAGAUUCUGCAAGAGCAGUUUAAUGCUCUUCAGGUAAAUAAAAACACUUCUAAAUACGUUGAACCUCUCCAUUUUCAGUCAGAGCAUCUGGAGCUUCGUAGAAAGUACGAGUUGGAGUGUGCCACGUCAACGUCGGCCUCGAAUUCUCUGCCCGGUCGCCUUCUCACGCUCACCUCGUCGCUUCUCGAAAAAGAGCGAUUCAGCGACGUGUCAAUUGUGCACACGGGCUCCGCGCACCGAUUUGCGGCGCACAAAUAUGUGCUGGCCGCUCGGACCGACUAUUGGAAGGAUGUGCUCGACAAGGCCGAAGAAAUAGUGCUGGCGGCAGAGGUGGACGUCGAAGCGUUCGGAAUAGUGAUCCGAUGGAUGUACACGGACGAGAUCGACCUGAAAAUGAGCGACGGAGAACUGCUGAAAGUGUGCGAGGUGUCGUGUGCGUUCAAAUUGGACCAGCUGCAGACUGUGUAGGUUUUUUGGUUUAGAACUUUAAGAAAUUGCAAAAAACAUCAUUGUCAUGCAUUUUUAGCGAUUUUGUACUUGAAAAACCUGAUUUUGAGACCCUACAAUAGGACGGCCGAACAGGCGAUUUUAGGCGCUUGCGCCUAUUCGACCAGCCUACCUUACAAUACCGUUUUCACGUAAAUAUCCAUUUCCUUCCAAACAAAUUUUCCAGAUGCGUUUGUCAACUCUCGGGCCGUCUCAACGUCGAAAACUGCGUUCAAAUCUACGAAUUCGCAGAUAAACAGAACCUAAAACAGCUCUCGACGGCGUGUGGAUCCAUGAUUGCCGGCUCGUGGAGCCAACUAGGCCCCGCCCACUUUUCGAAUAUGACUGCUCCGCUCCUUUAUCGACUUAUCGAUGGGUUUGCUCUUCUUUUUCGUACAAACUAUCCUAGGAUAUAUUUUUUGCAGAAACACGGCACACGUGCUCCACUCGAUCGUUUCGAUCGGCCGCGAAGACGUGCUCUUUCUGUUCUUCAUGCAAAAUUCGCAGAAAAUCCCCGCAAUUCUCAACAAAGUCGAUGAAAACGGAGCGACGGCGCUGGAAAAAGCGCUUUGCUCGCAUCGUACGUGCAAAAAAUGGCGGUAAAUCUGACAAAAGCAUAUUCAGACGAAAAAGCGCUCUUAAUUGCCGAGCAACUCGUCGAAAAGGGCGCGGAUUUGAACGCCCGCGACGAUCGAGGCGAGACGACUCUGAUGAGGAUGUGCCGGGCGGAGAAUCUGGCCGCGUGCGACUUCUUACUCAAACACGGAGCUGACGGAAGAGCGUGCCAAACUCCCGGCGAUUAUAAUUUAGUGCACGUGGCGGCACGCAUCGAUUCGAGCCGAUUGGCGCAGUGGUUGAUGAGCAAUAAGGAGAAGUUGGAUCUGAAUAAAGUGGACGGCGAGGAGAGGUACGCGAGUGCGCUCUAUCGCACUUUUAGCGCAAAAUGCAAACAUUUUGGCAAAAAGAACCUCGAAGAGCGAAUUUCUGAACGAAAUUAAUUUGAAAGAACCUGAAAAUUGACAUUUUGAAUAACACAUUGCCCGAGAGCUCUGCUACUAUUCCUUUUUUCCAGAACGCCCCUGAUGCGAAGCGUCAUCCACAACAACCACGUCAUCUGCGAGGCGCUCAUCCGCUCGGGCGCCCACCUCGACACCGCCACCUCCGACGGCCACACCGCCCUCUCCACGUGUCUUCUCAUUUCCGACGCGCCCAACCGACGAAUCUCGGAGCUUUUGCUCAAAAACGGCGCGCACGUUGACCUGCGCAUCGUCGAUGACACGCCGUUCGUCAACGAACUCGUCUCGCGCAACGACGUCGUCGGCGUUGAAGCGCUUCUCGCCGCCGGCGUGGACGUGCAAGUGACGGACGCGAAGGGGAGAAGCCCGCUCCACGUGGCCGCUCUCGCGAAAGCACCCGAGAUUCUGAGCAAGAUUGUGGAGGCGCGGAGGGGAUUGCAGUGGAAUCGGGACGACGAUGACAAGACGCCGUUGGAUAUUUCCGUCGAGUUGAAGGAUCUGAAAAGCGCCAGAAUUGUUAUAAAAGGUUCGGAAAAGAUGAGUAGCCGUAGUAACCUUGAUUUUUAGGCGGUGCGGAUGUGAAUUCACGCGAUAAAAACGGAAUAAGUCUCUUGGCCAAAGCGAUUCUGGCGCAGGACGACGAAAUAGGCGUGUUUUUAAUCGAGCACGACGCGAAAGCCAAAAAUGACGAGUCAGUAUAAAUACAUCUUAUUUUUUAUUAGUUUCCAUUGUUCCAGUUUGCUCAACGGCAAAUCGUACAUCGAAUCGGCGUGCGAACGCGGACUCGUCAACACGGUCCGCGCGUUUAUCUCGAACGGAUGCAAACUGAACGCCCGCUGCUCCACCGGCUACACGCUCAUCCAUUCGGCGCUCGCUCAUCAGCAUUACGAUGUGGCGUCGCUACUCGUCAACUUUGGAUGUGACAUCGAAUCAAAAGUGGUCCUCUCGGCCACCUCUGAAGUUCUGCCUGAAAAUGCGUCAGUUUGGAGCACGAAACAAACUAUGCUCCAUCGGCUGAUCGACGACGGCGAUCAGCAGGGCGCCGUCUUUCUCAUCAACUCGGGAGCCGAUGUGAACGCGCGGAAAGAGUACAGUAGCCCGACGGAAGACGACAAGUUCACGCCCGCCCACAUGGCCGUCUCCUGGGCGCAGAACGAGGUGCUCCGCGCCCUGCGGGACAAAGGCGCCGAUCUGUGCGAAGUGGAUUCGGACGGACGAACGGCGGCGCACAUUGGAGUGCGCGAGCAGAAUGUGCAGGGCGUGGAAGUGCUGCUCGCCGCGCCGACCGUCGAAUUCAUUCCGAUGCGCGACCGAUUCGGACAGACUGUUCUGUCGCAGUCGAUGACUUUAAAAGAUCAUACGGUAGGUUUGCUAUUAUCAAUUAUCUUUUUUUUCCGAACCAGGCAAUUUGGAGAUUUGAAAAAAAACGUAAACUUUUCGGUCUAAAGUCAAUAUAUCUCCAGACCGGAUGAUCCGGUCAAGCUGAAACUUUGAAAUUAAACUCUCUAAACCCAAACCAAGAUUGAUAAUUGUGCAAAGUAAGGGUUUGAUUGGAAAAUGAAUAAAAUACUUAGCAAGUACCCAACAUUCCGUUGCAGAUCGCCGCGCUGAUCGUCGCGCGUCAACCGCACGCGGCCGUCCAAACGAACGGAAACGGCGAGAACCUUCUGCACCAGGCGAUCCGUCAGAACGACAUCGAAAGCGUGCUCUUCCUGUUGGCGGUCGCAAAAGCGGACGCGACGCGCCCGAUCACCGACGGCUCGCUCAAAAGUCCGCUUCAUCUUGCGGCCGUCGCCAAAGACGAAAUGAUUCUGCGCAAUCUGAUUCUCGUGAACGACGAUGUGAACGUGAAGUCGGCGGACGGAUGCACGCCGCUUCUCGAGGCGCUCAAAAAUCGGAAUGAUAAGCACGCGGCGAUUCUGAUGGAGAACGGCGCCGAGCCGAAUGUGCGCGACGAGUACGGGGAGAACGCGAUGCUGUGCGCCGUCCGCAGCGGAUCCGUCGAUUGUAUUCGGGCGGUGGCGGACAGUCCGAAAACGCACAGACACACGAGGAAUAAAAUGUGAGCCUGAAAACAGUCAAAUUUUCAAAUUCAAGCCCCCUUAUUUCCAGCGGCUACACAUCACUGCACAUCUGCGCGCUUCUCACCAUCGACAAACUGCCGAAAAGAGCCACGUCGACGGAGGUCGUCGAACUGGUGCUCGGCUACGAAGAGUUGUCGGGCGCGCUCAACGAGAAGCAGCUCGCCGCGUUCAUCGACGCGCGCGACGGCGACGGAAACACGGCGCUCAUGAUCGCCUACUCGCAGGGCAAUGCGGGCGUCUGCCGGGCACUGCUCCGACGAAGAGCAUGUAUGGGACAGCGAAAUCACGGAGACGUGAAUGUGUUCACCUACGAAACCGCCACGAAACAGCUUCUUUUGGGAUUGCUAGGUACGGGUGAAAACAGAAAACUCUAGAAUUUCCGAUUUCCCUGACUAAAAUUCACCUUCGCUAUUUCAGAAUCGUUGGAGGCGGAACCGCGCUGGUCGGACGGCGAUACCUGCGAUUGCGGAGCCCGCUUCUCGUUGACCUCCCGCAAGCACCACUGCCGACAUUGCGGUCGCCACGUGUGCUCCAAAUGCUCAGAAACGACGAUGCCGAUCGCAAAAUACGGAGAGGAGAAGCGAGUGCGAGUAUGCGACGUCUGUGCGCACGUAAUUUCAACCGGCACCGCGCCCCGACGCUAG